AUGGAUGAGCACCUUCUUCCGAGAGGGACUCAGGAUUGGGGGAACGCACAGAGCACACGUCUCUUUGCUCUUUGCGGUAUGGGUGGAAUCGGGAAGACUGACCUCGCAGUAGAGUAUGCGCACUCCAGGAGAGACAAGUUUGCGGCCAUCUUUUGGCUGGAAGCAGGCGGUGUGUCGCAACUUGCUUCGGAUUUCGGCCGCAUCGCAUCUCAUUUAAGGCUUCAGACCGCUGAAGAGAAUAAAAGCCUCGAAUCAAGCAUAGAGAUAGCCAAGGCCUGGCUUACCAAACCGAGGAGUAGCAACGACAGCGAGAAUGAGAACUGGUUGCUCAUCUUCGACAGCGCUGACAACCUGGAUGUUAUCACUGACUACGUCCCGUACCACGGAAAUGGCUCGGUGCUUGUAACUAGUCGGGAUCCCUUUGCAAAGGAACACUUCUUCUCCAAUGGAUCUGGGAUCGACAUGGAGCCUUUAUCAACAACCGACUCCGCAACGCUUCUCCGGAAAUUGAUCACGAAAUCAGAGCAAGAUCGAAACAUGGAUGAACAAACUGCGUCGAUUGAGUUGGCAAAUCAUCUGGCAGGGUUGCCUUUAGCCAUGGCUCAGAUGGCGGGGUUCAUUCGGCGCAGAAACCUUUCAAUUCGAGAAUUCGUGAGCCUGUACGCCACAGACGCUCGCUAUGCGGAGAUCCACAACUUGCUUGCCUUCAUGAACCCUGAUCGAAUACAAGAGUACAUAUUCCUGAACACUCAGACGUCUAAAGAGAAAGGUAAUCUCUACUGGACCAAUUCGGUUUUCGAGAGCGCCCGAUACGAGCUUCUUGCGUCCUCUAUUAUCAAGCGUAAUAUUCACAAAAAAGAACUGUGGAUUCAUCGCGUGAUACAAGCAGAGGUCCGAACUCGCAUUGACGAGAGCCAUCGCUACCCAACAUUCAAGGAUGCAGUAUCUCUACUCGCUAUAGUCUGGGCACCUGGAGAUCACUGCAGCCAGCAAAUCAAGAGGUGGGCGGUAUGUGAGCAUUUACUACCCCGCCUAGAGCGAUCUUACCAGCUCUACCUCGAGUACGCCGAUUCUUGGGACCUCCAUGAAGUGGACCCAACGUUUCCUAUGCUUCUGAACGAAGCAGCAGUAUAUCUUCACGAACGAGGCGUCUCGCACGAGGGAAAACCUUAUUUGAGAUUGGUGCUCUCAUUGUGCGAGCAGUUCAACAUUACCAAGGAGCCUUUGGUUAGCGAUAUGCACCUUACUAUGGGUGCAUUAGCAAAUGAGACGAACGAUGCUCAAACGUGUCUAGAGCACAACAUUUUGUGUCUCUCGAUACGGAAAGCUGAAGCCGCAAAGGGCAAUGAACCCGACUUGAGACUCGCUUUUGCUCACAUGGAUCCAGAUGAGUUUGGCUUCCCGGUCUGCAAUCUAGGGUUGGCAUAUUGGGUUCAAGGGGAGCUUGAUGCUGCGGACAAAACCUUGACAGACCUGCUCAUACAGCGAGAGAAACUUCAUGGAAAGUUGGACAGAGUGUCUUACAAAACGGGAAGGGUCCUCCAUGCUCUUGGGAAUGUAAGAUCUAGCAAAGCAAUGCGUCUGGAGGCCGAGGGGGAUCAUGAGUCUGCAAGCAAAUUCUGGGAUGAAGCCUUCGCCAUACAUAAGGACUGCCUCAAGCAGUAUGAAUCGACAUUGGACCGGUUCAACCACCGCACGGCCGAUGCUUGUCAUAAGCUAGCUGAGCACUAUAUCCGGAGGAAGGAACAUACCUUGGCCCAGACCUACUUCGACCGCGCCCUAAGUAUCUGGGGAGACCGUCAAUGGUAUAAAAACGAGUCCGCGCGCUCAUCAUUCUUGCGUGGUGUUCACUUGCUGUCUCUGGGUGGCGAGCAGAACGUCGAGAUGGGAAAUCGUUGGGUCGAACGGGCGAAACUACUUCGACGAGAGAUCUGA